GUGAAAUUUUAAAGACAAAAGAAAACAAUAUUAGACUCUCUUUGUAGCAAUGGGAGCACAAAAGUCUCGACCUGUAAACACUCCAACGACUUUAAGUGAAGAAUGGAGGAAAAUGCAGUGGACUGGCAAAACCAAUGAUCUCCAGUUCAUAAAUAAUUACCAGCCUCAUAACUCUGAGCUCCAGCACCUCAGAAUUCUUCUUCAUGGACCCAUUGGUGCCGGCAAGUCCAGCUUCAUCAACUCAGUUGACACUCUUUUACAAGGCAGAAUGGCCGCAAAUGCUUUGGCAGAUGCAAUUUCUGGAAAGAGCUUCACUACAACAUAUGAAACUUUCAAAAUCCAAAAAGGAGGACCAGGAACUUUUUAUCCUUUUGCCUUCACUGACAUCAUGGGCCUUGAGAAGGACAGAGGAGUUAAGGUGGAAGACAUCAUACUGGCCAUGAAGGGGCACGUGAAGGAUGGUUACAAGUUCAAUCCUCAAUCUUCGUUAUCUGAACAUGAUCAUGACUACAACAAGGAGCCCACUCUAAAUGACAAAGUUCAUGUUUUAGUGUGUGUGAUCGAUGCCAACAAAAUAAAACUUAUGAGUGAUGAUAUAAUAAAACAGAUGAGGGAUGUCAGACUUGCAGCCAGGGACAUGGGAAUUCCCCAAAUGGCAAUUCUCACCAAAAUUGAUGAAGCCUGUCCAGAAGUCAAAAAAAAUAUAAGAAAUGUGUAUAAGAGCACCUGGUUGAAGGAACAGAUGGAGACAGUCAGUGUGACAUCGGGUAUUCCACUGAACUGCAUCUUACCUGUCAAGAACUACCACUCUGAGAUCCAAACAGAUGAUGGCGUCAACACACUGAUACUGGCUGCUCUGAAGCAGAUGAUCGACUUUGGAGAGGACUACGUCAACAAACGGCAGACCUGCUGAACCUUGUUUAUUGUUGUGUUAAAAUGACUUUUGGGUCUGAACAGGAAUGUCAGAGUUAUUCUUUGCAUGCUGAUUUUCAUUUCCUUGGCUAAAGCAUUUACCCUUAGACUAGAAACUCUUCAGGUCUUUUUUGUUUUGUUUUGCUUGAAUGACAAAGUUUCUGUGUUUGCUUUGUAGACUUGGCUUUCAGUUUUUGUGUUUUGCUCUUGUAUCUAUCAACCUUUGAACAGACAUCUAAUUGUGUAAGAAAACUAUACUGCUUUCAUAUUAUACUAGGGUGACCAUAUUUUGAUUUCCAAAAAAGAAAACCCAGUCAUGAGACCUUUAAUAAUACUGUUUGCUUAAAGAAAAAUUUAACAUAUUUAAACGAUGCCUUCUCUGUGCGGUUAAUGGAUGGUGAAACAAAAAUGUCAUAUAGGCUUUUACAAGUCAACAAGGGCAAAAAAAUAACUUGAAAACCUCUGGAAUUAAAUAAUGGUACAGAGAUAAGGCCUCAUCUGUAUAAGAAAAAUUACCAGUACCAGGACGGUACGAGAGAAAUUUCUUUUGCAGUUUGUCUGAAAAGCUGCAGUUGCGCUUUGGCAUCUUUUAAACAUCACCAGGCGUGCUGUCUGUCCCGUUUGUGAGCGCAGAACAACAACUCACAAAGCCGCAGCUCGGGGAUGACGUCACAGAUAUGGGUCCUCUGUAGGAAAACCCGGACGUUUUCAUCAAUCUCGAAAAUCCCCCCAGACACCCCAGAUAGAACGUGCAAAGUGGACAUGUCCCGGGAAAAGAGGAUGGUUGGUCACCCUAUAUUAUAAUUCUUGCAGAUUUUAAUAUGAUUUCUCAUAUUAAGAGAUUAAGAGAUUUCUGUUGUCGUUUUGUUUAAUAAAAACAAAAAUGAAUUUUGCAUCUCCCCUUCUCAAAGAUUAUACACCACUCCAUCAUUUUCCUUCCUGGACACUCAGGACUAGGAACCACUCAAUGGUGAGUGGCUGCUGGCAGUUGCUAGUAUGAAGCUGGUCAGUGCUGGGUUGGAAACCACCUUGCAGAUUGCUAUGGUUGGUGAAGACACCAAGUACUUACUAAGUGGCAGUAAAACUGUGAAAUGCGGAAACAGAUCCUUGCAGGCUGGGUACCCAGUGGCUGUGCUGACAUGGUAAAAUUGUGAUGUGUUGCUGAGAUGUCUUUGUGUCAUUUUCAUGGGAUUCAGGGCCCCAUGAAAACAAUAUCACUUUGGGCCGAGGCAUCCCAGCCCCUAAAAAUAUAACACUGUGCAGACAAUCAUCAAUAAUGAUGAUUAGAUGAUUUAUUUUUUGAUUUUGUGUAAGAUUGGUGAGAUAUGUUCAAGCCAUUUUUUUUUUACAUUUGUUUUUUUUUUAAAUAAUAUUCUUUUAUUCAGUUCAUCAACUCUAUUGUCAGUAAUUUUUAUUAAUUUAUCUUUUUUACAUUUAUUAGCAUCUUACACCAAAAACAAAUAAAAUAUACGAUAAGUUUAUGAA